GCUUCUUCAAUAACAACACAGGCAACCGCCUCGGUAGUGUAGUUUGCUAGCCAACAUAUAACGUAAACAUUGAAGCGCUUUGAAAUGUUUUAUAGUAGUUAAGCCAUUGUGUUUUCAACACAUUAAUGUAUUUUUACUAAUUACCCCAUUUAAUUGUAUGUUUACGUUGCUAAAGUUUGCAGGCUUGGCGCCACUAGUCGCGCAUGAUAUUUAACGAUAGCUUACUAAUAUCUCCGACCUUUUCUAUAUUACGUUUAUUUGGCAGGCACAGUGCACAACAAAAACGUACUGAGAAAUUAUGUGUCCUGCCAGAUUCGGCUAAUAACGUAUUUUCAUCGGUUGUCUCACCAUGAACUCAAGAAACUUCUUAGAAGGUGGUGGGCCUUCUGAAAAGGAGGUCUGCUGGACGGAGAAAGACGGUCUGUGGCUGAACAUUGUCGUGAAAGAGGAGAAGGAAGAGGAGGCUGUCACAAUAAACAGAGUAGACGGUGAUGCUGUUACAAGGAUAGAAGAGAAAGAACCGGCCCUAGUGAAAGAGGAGGAUAUUACAAUAAAAGAAGAGGAAGAGGAGGAUGGCGGUUUUGGAGUGAAGGAGGGGGAGAUAACGGUCACACUGGAAGAGGAGGAGUCAGGAGAUCUGAUUAACACCGGAGAGAGACCACACUCUCACACUGGAAGCAGGAAGAGUCCUUCAGGGGAACCAGACCCAGAGAGCCCAAAACCAGCAAGACGACACCCUUGUUCCCAAUGUGGAAAGAGUUUUACUAAGUUUAGAAAUUUAAAAGAGCAUGAGAGGACACACACAGGAGAAAAGCCUUUCCAGUGUUCCCAGUGUGGAAAGAAUUUUACACAGUUGGGGAACCUGAAAUCACACUGGAGAAUACACACAGGGGAGAAGCCGUUUCACUGCUCCUACUGUGGAAAUAGUUUUACUCAGUUGGGUACUCUAAAAGAUCAUGAGAUGACACACACAGGAGAAAAGCCUUUCCAUUGCUCCCAGUGUGGAAAGACUUUUAGCCGGUCGAGAAACCUAAAACAGCAUGAGAAGACACACACGGGACAGAAGCCUUACCACUGCCCCCAGUGUGGAAAGACAUUUAUCCACUCAUGGCACCUGAAAAAACAUGAGAGGACACGACACACACAGGACAGAAGCCUUAACACUGCCCACAGUGUGGACAGAGAUGUUUCUGGUCAGAGGACAUAAAAAGACCUGAGAGAUUUAAAGAUGCAUUCCUGGACUUUUUCGAUAGAACAAGCUUAAAUAUAUAUAUAUAUAUAUAUAUAUAU